AUGAAUUUUUCCCCAACUUCUGAUUCCUUAGGAGAAAAUAAUGUUGAUCCUUUACUACAUCAUGAUGGUUUUCCUCCUGCUUCCGACGGCUUGUCUAAAACACCCGAUAGAUCAUCACCUGUUACGAUCAUACCUUCUUCACUUCCAAUCAACACUACCCCUCUUCCAAUAGAUAUCAACACUUCUGAAUCUGUCUCUGAUGUUUUGAUUCCUCUUAGGAAAAGCACUAGAAACAGAAAUGCUCCCAAGUGGAUGGAUGAUUAUGUUCCUGGGUCAAGUAGUGAAGAAAUUAGUGAACUCAUUUUCUGCAUGGCUGAAAGAAUCACUGGACAUGCUUCAAGAAUCGGCCGUCUUCCUCCACCGCCAUUACAGCUGAUGCAACCUGCCAGGGACCUGAAAAGGUUCAACGGGGCUAAAAACCUGAAGAUAAGCGUGUCCACCAUCAACCCGAUCAGCGAAGAAGUGAGAGACUAUUUCCGAAAGGAAGAAGCAUUGAGGUACACAAUCCCUGAACACCCUUUUGCUUACACAGCUCUUGAUGGCAGGAAAGCUUCAGUUGCGCCUUUUAGACGCCGGAGUGGUAAGCCAUCCAGGAAAGCCCGGGAUCAUUUCAUCCUCAAGUCUGAUCGGCCGCCUUGUUUCACCGUGCUUUCUCUCGUGAGGGAUGCCGUUGCUAGAUUGCCUGAUGAUGUGGGGACAAGAGCUGAUGUUUGUAUUCUGGUUCGAGAUUCAGGUUACAUCAUUGACGGCGUUUUUGAUGAUCAAGUUGAACAGGUUGUGAGCGGAGCCUUGGACCGGCUGCAUUAUGAACGUGAUGCAUGUGUUUAUUUUGAUGGGAACCAUCGGCUGUGGAUUUACUCGCAUGGGAGCAGGGAAGAAGAGGACUUUGAGGAUGAUGGCACUUCUUCAAAGAAGAUUAGAAAGAAGAUCAAGUACUCUAAACGACAGCAGGCAAAUCCCAGAAAACCCAAUACGUUGGUCAAAAGCCAGAGGAUCCUUGAUAUCGUUGCUCCCAAGCUUAAUAACUCCGACCCACCGCAAGGCUAUCUUCGCCUCAUUGAUGACUUUCUACGAACAAAUCAUCUCCCACUCCCAAAUCCCCAAGUCAGCGAUGGGGUUAAGUCUCAAUCGGAUCCAAAUGAGAGUUCUCUUUCAGCUCUGUUUAGACUUCAUCGACAAGGGUUGAAUAUCUGCCCCAGUUUGCUAUCUAAUGCUCUGAGUUUAUGUGGGUCUGAUGGAGAUGUGAGACCAGGAAUUCAAAUCCAUGGUUUGGCUGUGGAUUAUGGGUUCUUUUACAACGUUUACGUUAGCAGUUCUUUGGUCUCAUUUUACAGCAAAUGUGGAGAACUCAGCAGUGCGAGUAAAGUGUUUGAAGAAAUGCCGGAGAGAAAUGUGAUCACUUGGACUGCAAUUAUCAGCGCCUUUGCACAAAAUGGCCAAUGUUGCUUCCAGGCAAUGGUCAAGUAUGGUGUGGAACCGGAUGUAGAUCACUACGCAUGCAUUGUUGACCUCCUUGGUCGAGCAGGUAGGCUAGAAGAAGACAGGGAUUUCAUCAGAAGAAUGCCCAUCAGUCCUAAUGCCGUCAUAUGGGGUUCAUUGCUUUCGUCGUGUAGGCUUCAUGGGAAUGUUUGGGUCGGCAUUGAAGCUGCUGAGAAUAGGCUUGAAUUGGAACCGUCUUGUGCCGCUACUCACUUGCAACUAACCAACUUGUAUGCCAAUGUUGAUUACUGGGAUCAGGCGGCAAGGGUGCGCAAGUUGAUGAAAGACAAUGGCCUGAAAACAGAUCCUGGGUGCAGUUGGAUUGAGAUCAAUAAUGAGAUUUUCCAGUUUCGGGUAGAAGACAGAACCAGUCCCAGUUUUGCAGAGAUUAUGACGAUGCUAGAUUGCUUAGUAGACCACAUAAGAGGCCUGGAUCAUUCGCUUGACAUAUAUCAAGCGACCGAUUAUCAUCCAUAG